AUGUCCGACUACGAGGAUGCAAUGGACGUGGAUGCGCCCAAAGACAUCCAAUUUGGGUCCGACAAUGCAGCUGGAAAGAAGAGGACAGCAGCCGAUCUCCCCGUUGAAGCUCAAGAUAAUCUUCCAUGGGUCGAAAAAUACCGCCCCGAGAGCUUAGACGAUGUUUCCGGACACCAAGAUAUUCUCGCAACAAUCAACCGCUUCGUCGAGGCCAAACGUUUCCCUCACCUUCUUCUUUAUGGCCCUCCCGGAACUGGUAAAACCUCCACGGUUCUGGCUCUUGCCCGACGGAUAUAUGGCAACAAGAAUAUGCGACAAAUGGUGUUGGAACUGAAUGCUAGUGAUGAUCGUGGAAUUGAUGUCGUUCGAGAGCAGAUCAAAACAUUUGCUAGCACAAAGCAAAUCUUUUCUAUGGCUCCCCAGACUGGCAACGAAGGCCUAGCUGGGUUCAAGUUAAUCAUUUUGGACGAAGCAGAUGCGAUGACCUCAACAGCACAAAUGGCUCUUCGUCGCAUUAUGGAGCGCUACACGGCCAACACACGAUUCUGUAUCAUCGCGAAUUACACACACAAGCUUUCACCUGCAUUAUUGUCUCGAUGCACACGAUUCCGGUUUAGCCCUCUCAAAGAAGCCGACAUCAGACAUAUUGUGAACCAGGUGGUUGAGAAAGAGGGUGUCAAGAUUCAACCAGAGGCAGUGGGUAGUCUGGUCACACUCAGCAAGGGUGAUAUGCGACGGGCAUUGAAUGUCCUUCAGGCCUGCCACGCCAGUAGUAAACCUCUUCCCAUGCGAGACGCACCCAAUGCUCCGCUCCCCGAGCCGGAGACAAUCACGAACACUACAAUUUACGACUGUAUCGCGGCCCCUCAUCCCGCUGAUAUCCAAGAAAUCAUGACUACACUCCUGACUACUAGCGAUGUUACCUCUUGUCUCAAUACCAUCAAUACCCUCAAGUCCACGAAAGGUCUCGCAUUAGCGGAUAUUUUGUCCGCGCUGGCGGAUCAAUUGCAAACACUCGAGGUCCCCGCACACACCCGUAUUACCUGGUUAGAGGGGCUCGCUGAGAUUGAGUGGCGACUGUCUAGUGGCGGAUCGGAGGCUGUCCAGACUGGCGGACUAGUUGGCGUGGUGCGGAGUGGAUGUGAAUUGAUGGGAGAGAAAGGCGUUGCAUUGACAUGA